CUCGGCCGCUCAUAUCUACUGCGCUGACUCUGGUAGAAGCCUGUGUAGUGGGCAAUACUACAGUUGACCAAAAUGGGGAAGCUAUGUUGAGCAGCAAGGGCAGAUGAAUACUGAUACCCCUUGGUUUACAUUGUGGCUUCCAUGAGCUACUGCGUACAUUCCACCUGAAUAUGCGACCUUAGCUGUUCGACACUGCGUUCUACGCGCCCUCACAGAAGAUAUGUUUUCGUGGUUCCUUCGUUCAUUCGGCCGCAAGGACAGUAGGGAAGAUGUCGACACAGACAGUUACCCUCUCCUAGAAAGACGAAGUACGUCCGUCGAUGAAAACACGCCAGGAGAAUCAGAGGACAAGCCGGCCAAUGCAUCCGAUGGCCCGGUGACGUGGUUGUCUCUCCCCAACAAGACCCAGCUGUUCAUCCUGCUCGUCGUGAGAGCCUCCGAAGUUGUCUAUCGAUCCUCGAUUCGGACAUAUCGCUUCCAUCAAUUAAGAUGGUUCGACCCGGCCUUGCCAGACGACCGCCUGUCUACACAGGCGGGGAUCAUCCACGGAUCCUCCAACGCAGUACAGGUUUUCAGUGGUAUUCUGGUCGGACGCCUAGCAGACACGCCAUGGAUUGGACGGAAGUCUAUGUUGCUCUGUGGCUUGUUCGGCUAUAUAAUCUCCUCUAUAGGACUGGCCUUUUCCAAGUCAUUCCUCGCUGUCGUAGCCUUCCAAGCGCUGGGAGCAGUCAUGGAUGGUAUUCCGGCAUUGGUUCGCACGACUAUAGCAGAGACGAUGGGGGAGAAGAAAUAUCUGUCUCGUGCAUUUGUACUCCUCCCCCUCUUCGCCAAUGUGGGCGGCACCCUCGGCCCUUUCAUGGGGGGGAUUUUGGCUGAUCCGAUGCAUAAUCAUCCUUCACUUGUAUGGCCUGAGUGGAUGUCGAGGUGGCCAUACGCCCUACCAUCUCUGGUCAAUGCCGCAAUGUGCGCGCUCAUUGUUGUCCUGGUUGUCCUAUUUCUGGAUGAAACACUGCCCAGUGCUCGCCUCUGUCAACGCGCAAACAGCUACCGAUACCAGCCUCUCCGCGAGUCUCCCGCAAUCGAUCGAGUAGAAGAGGGAGCUAUUGAGGACCAGUCCCCUCAGACUCGAAAACCAGCUGGUUUCCGCGCCCUGUUGGCGCGAAACGUACUCCUGACUCUCAGCUCCCGCUUCCUAUUCAGCUUCCACGACAUCACCUAUAUCUCCCUCUCGGCCCUUUUUCUCCCGGCCCCGCGCGCGUCUCCCUUCGUUCACCACGGAGCUCAUUUUGGCGGUGGGAUGGGGCUAUCGACCGCAGAAACAGGACUCGCCAUGUCCAUCUCAGGGCCCAUUCUAGUCCUGCUAUCCCUCACCUGUUACCCCGCCGUCUCCGCCAGACUGGGGACUCUCGGCUCAUACCGAAUCUUCCUCUCCCUAGCACUGGUUCUGUAUAUGGCGACGCCCUUCUUGGUGUUCGUCCCAGAUCGCGCUCUCCCCGUGUGGCUGGCGCUGGGGGGCGUCAUGUCCCUGAUUGCUGUCUCGCGCACUUUCACCUGUCCGGCAUCGUCGAUUAUUCUGAACUACUGCGUUUUGGACCCGAGUGCCCUGGCUACCGUGAAUGGCGUGGGACAGAGCGUCACCUCUGCGGCAAAUACAAUCGGGCCGAUGAUUGGAAGCUGGGAAUUUGGCCUGGGACUGAGGUCGAAUCUGGUGGGUAUCCCCUGGUGGGGAUUGGGAGUGGUGGUAUUGGCGCAGUUGAUUGUUCUGUGCUUUUUGGAAGUCGUGGAGUAGAACUUAUUAACCACUAAGACAUGUCGGUAAUCGCGAUCUUGGUGAAAGUGGUGUUCUUCACCUACAUCGAUAUCCAGGUGGCAAAGCCGACAUUCAGCGUUUGCAAGCAAACGAAGUAUUCACUACAAGGGAAACCUCGCUUGUUGCUAGCAUUGUAAUGGAAAGGUAUAACUAGCCCUUACAUGGCUGUGUUUAACGCGAAAUCAUG